AUGAGUUCGGUCGGUGGCGCAGGGAUAGGUGCAGCCCUGUAUGCUGCGGUGAGCAACCCAGGCCAGAUCCUAUCGCAGCCAGAGGAAGCAGCAGCCAAGGCGCAUCACUUGAAGAAUGGCAAGGGAUUCACGAAUCCAUGGGACAGCUAUACAGAGCUGAGCGGGCCGCAACUGUUCUGGGGAUUCUUUUCUCGCAAAGUCAGUGGUAAAGCCAACAAGCCAGAUACGACGCCGCCUACAGUCCCCGUGCAAACUCCCGUCUUUCUCUCCACGCGCGAGACUCCUAAGCUAAGGGCUACAUGGCUCGGCCACGCAUGUUACUACGUCGAAUUCCCCGGCGGUCUGCGUGUGCUUUUCGACCCUGUGUUUGAGGACUGCUGCUCGCCCAUCAACAUUAGCAGCCUGAAACGCUUCACGCCGCCGCCAUGCGAGUUGGAGGAUUUGCCGGCCGUCGAUGUUGUGGUUAUCAGUCAUAACCAUUACGAUCAUCUGAGCUAUCCAACCAUCCAGCGCUUGCAGAAGAAAUUCCCGGAGGCUCAAUACUUUGCCCCGCUCGGAAACAAGGCCUGGUUCCAGAAAUGCGGAGUGGAGAAGGUCACAGAGCUCGACUGGUGGGAGACACGAGAUGUCAAGCUUGAGGCUGUGAAGGGCGACGACAAGGCCGACCGCACAGGAUCCGUAUCAGUCAGCGAAACUAGCGUGAAGGGCGAUAUUAUAGCCACCAUCGGCGCGCUCCCGUGCCAGCACGUCAGCGCCCGUACGCCCUUCGACAAAUGUAAGACGCUGUGGGCGAGCUGGAGCGUCGAGUCUGGCGGUGCAAAGGUCUACUUCGCCGGCGACACAGGGUACCGCACCGUCCCCGACACCCCGGACGAUGUUGACGACUACGGCCCGGAGUUUGCCCACCUCCCCGUCUGUCCGGCCUUCGCUCAGAUCGGCCAGCACCGCGGGCCCUUCGAUCUCGGGCUCAUUCCCAUUGGCGCAUACGAGCCACGCUGGAUGUUUAGCGCCAUGCACGCCAAUCCGAAGGACUCGGUGAACAUUUUUCUCGACACAAAGUGCAAGCUAGCGCUCGGUAUGCACUGGGGUACGUGGGUUUUGACCGAGGAGGAUGUGCUCGAGCCACCGAGGAAGCUGAAGGAGGCGCUUGAGUGGAAGGGGGUUGAGCAGGAAAGGUUUGGGGUUAUUGAUAUUGGGGCGACGAAAGAGGUGGAGACUGGAUCGUAG